GAGAUAAAGGCUCAAGUCUGGGGGACUCCUAGUCACUCAGCCAGCAGCACCUCCUUUCUUGCCCUAGUCUCCAGUUCCCAGUGUUCACAGGUGAGCUCACCAACAGCCACUGCUCGUAAUGGAGGCCAUCAAGAAAAAGAUGCAGAUGCUGAAGCUGGACAAGGAGAAUGCUUUGGAUCGGGCAGAGCAAGCUGAAGCUGAGCAGAAGCAGGCGGAAGAAAGAAGUAAACAGCUGGAAGAUGAGCUGGCAGCUAUGCAGAAGAAGCUGAAAGGGACUGAAGAUGAGCUGGAUAAGUAUUCUGAAGCUUUGAAGGAUGCCCAGGAGAAGCUGGAGCUGGCAGAGAAGAAGGCAGCUGAUGCUGAGGCGGAGGUGGCCUCCUUGAACCGUAGGAUCCAGCUGGUUGAAGAGGAGCUGGACCGUGCUCAGGAGCGCCUGGCCACUGCCCUGCAAAAGCUGGAGGAAGCUGAGAAAGCUGCUGAUGAAAGUGAGAGAGGUAUGAAGGUUAUUGAAAACAGAGCUUUAAAAGAUGAAGAAAAGAUGGAACUCCAGGAAAUCCAACUCAAAGAAGCUAAGCACAUUGCAGAAGAGGCAGAUAGGAAGUAUGAAGAGGUGGCUCGUAAAUUGGUGAUUAUUGAGGGCGAUUUGGAACGCACAGAGGAACGAGCUGAGCUGGCAGAGUCCCGUUGCCGAGAGAUGGAUGAGCAGAUCAGACUGAUGGACCAGACCCUGAAGUGUCUGAGUGCUGCUGAAGAAAAGUACUCUCAAAAAGAAGACAAAUAUGAGGAAGAGAUAAAGAUUCUUACUGAUAAACUCAAAGAGGCGGAGACCCGUGCCGAGUUUGCUGAGAGAUCGGUAGCCAAACUGGAAAAGACAAUUGAUGACUUGGAAGAUGAGCUCUAUGCCCAGAAACUGAAGUACAAGGCCAUUAGCGAGGAGCUGGACCACGCCCUCAAUGACAUGACCUCUAUAUAACUUACCACGGUUUCUGCUCUGUCCUGGAUCUGCCCCCUUUCUGCGGGGAACCCACCACCCCACUUUCACUCUGGAUUCCAUUUGGGUCAGCCUGACCAGUCCCCAAGGCACUAGAAAGAGCAGGGGGCCACAAAGCAACUUAUGUAUUCUUGUUCACCCCCACCCCAAAUUAAAAUGUUAAGCUGCUGGAAGCUUCAUGCGACCCUGCAUUUGGUCAUUGACAAAGCUGCUGCUGUCCCUAAGGAGCCUUGGGAGUGUGAUAUGGGGAAUAGAUAUAGGCUCUCCCUCCUCUGACUUAUAUAAUCAAAGCCACUUUUGUGUGUGUGUCUAUUUUUUUCUUGACAUUUAAACUCAGCUGAUCUGAGUCUAUCAAGAGUGAUGGGUGUGAAGAGGUGCUCUAGUCUUACUCUUCAAGCUGAAUAAGAUCAUCUAAAUCCUUUACUUCCAGGUUCCUAAAUCAUACCACAUGGAAUGUUCUAUCCUUUAUUCAAGUUCUCCUAUAGAGUAAGGUCAAGAGGCCAUUGAAGUGCUUCCCAGUACACAUUUUCUACCCUUUACCUGUGGUUCAAAUGGAACCUUAGAACAUCUCGUGUACCCAAAUGUAUUACCACUAAAACUGAAUAAUUAUAUUAUCCCAAAUCACAGAAAAAUACAUAAUGGGUAGAAUUUUCAACAAUUCCAUGUUUUCUUGAAACCAUCCUUGCAUAUAUGAGACUUACUACCAUUAACCUCCUGCUAUAUGCUAGUGGAAUAUGAGACAAGUGAAAAGUGAUUAUUACUGGAAAAACUAAAACAACCACCCUGGCUGGGGUAGCUCAGUUGGUUGGAACAUUGUCCCGAUGCUCCAAGGCUGAGGGUUCCUUUCCCAGUCAGGGAGCACGCAAGGGUCGAUCUAUGGGUAUGUGACUGGGUAGAGAGAGUGGUGGAUUGAUCUCGCUCUCGCUCUCGCGUGCUCUCGCUCAUAAAUUUAAAAAAAAAAUUUUUUUUUCUAAAGAAAACCUAAAACACUUAGGCAUACCUAGUUCAGGUAAUGUGCACAGGUGAUACUGAUUUAUCAUGUGCAUUAAUAUGAUAAAUUUCUGCCAGUAAAAUUGUUCCUGGCUUAUAUUAUGGAAUUAAAGAUCAGCAUUUCAGAAACUCCUAAGCAGACAGAGGCAGGUAGAGAGGUUUUCCACGAUCUAAACCUUUAGGUCUCACUGACUUCAGGUGUUUUUUUGCUCUAUAACAUUUCUUCCUGCCACCCGGCCUUUGAGAUUAAGGUAUAGAUUCAGUUACUUGCUGACACUUACCUGAUGUCUUCUAGGUACAGGAUAUUAAGGUGGGGACAGAAGUAAUCAAAGAUGGAGAUACCAUCCAAACUCAUGGGUUGCUCAGAAUCUGGAAAGAGAGAGAAAAUAUAUAUAUAAAGCUAAAGAUGAUAUGUGAUAAGUGCCAUAAAUAAUAAAAUGCUGUGGGAUUUACUAGGGGGAGGAGAAUGAUUCCUGUGGGGAUGUUUGACAGAGACUCACGAAAGGAGGCAUGUAAUAAGUACCUAAUAAAGAGGGUAAAACUCACUUCUUCAUUUUUACUGGAUUUUUGACAAGCAAACUUUGGUUGAGGUGUAGUGGACACAGAACAGUCAAAAAGAAGCCAAAGAACAAAGGCAUAGAGAGGGGAAGGACAUGAUAUCUCUAAAGGUAGACUCAGUAAGGGACAGGUGUCUGCUGAAAGCAAGCUAGGGAGCUUAAUCUUACUUUGUAAGUGAUAGGGACUUCACUGGAGAUUUCGACAAAGGAUGUGUUCUGGUCUGUGUAGGAUAUGAGUAGAGUUGAUUUGGCAGCUGAAUUAAGAAUAUAUAUUAGAAGGGAAGCAGAUUAUCAAAGUCAUCCAUUAAGACAACUAUUCUCAAAUUUCAGUAAUUUGUAUACCACUUGGGGACUUGCCAUAUUCACUUGCUGCCUACAUUAUUAUUUUCUUAAAAUUUACUCUUGUUUUCAAAUUUGUUUUCUUCUUACUCUAUACAAUUCUAACUUGAAAUCAAAGGUUUGGUAUGGGCUAGUGUUUU